AUGAAUACUGACAGUCGCAGCGACGACUCUGAGCUGAUGAAUAUUGUGGAUAAGAGGGUUUCAACAGCAGUUGAAGACAGCUGCAAUUGUAGAGAAAGAGAACUCCACCAUAUAGGGAAUCGGCAUCCAAGGGAGAAUCUGACAGCACUUGGACCACAUUAUAAUACCAAGAGUAGUCACGAGAAUGAUUGUCUUGGCUUGAUGGAAAUUGUAGCCCAAAGAGCUGUUGAUGCCAGAUUGACCAUUGACUCUGAAGAGGCUCAAGAGCUGGGUUUCCCAAGGCCCCACAAUGGGGUCACGCAUCCAUUGAGCAGUCUCAAUGGCGCUAUGGUGGACCAAAAGCAAUGCAAUAAUCCAAUUUCAAGUAUUGCUAUGACAUCGUUGAGGCGCAUGCCAAAUGUCACAGAAGUGUUUUUGCAGCCAGGAGCAUAUCCUGUUGAUGGGAUCAUCGCUCCUCUUCAAGACGAAGAUGGAACUUCGGGAUUGGACAAUGAAGGUGAAAACUGGGAGGAACAUGAUAUUCAAGCUGUUGCAUAUCCCAUCAACCAUCAGGGAUCGGAAGAAUUGCUCCCCAGUGGAGUUCCCUUCAUCACAAGAAACAGAGCUGCCUGGAAGAGAAAACUCUGGUGUUAUGUUUCACUGGAAAUGAUUAUUGGCAUGCUUGGUGUGACCACUUUCCUGGUGAUUUUUGUUGUGGCAAAUCAAAUUAUUGGGAGUGGAGCAAGCGCCAGCCAAUCAGUCGCAGAAAACGGGCUUCUCUACAAGACCAUAGAUCUCCCCAACACAAGGCUUAUGAAUGGAUGUUGGAGAACCAACUGGGUAUUCAAACCUAUCCCAAUUGGAGGCUGA